UGUCAGCCUCUCUGGGAGGGACCAGCCGUGAAAAGGAAAAGCCUAGCUGGGGGGCUCUGCUGGAGCGGAAACUCUUUUUUACGUGAACUAUGUUUGGAUGUGAUGCUUGUCUCUGUGGAUGCAACAUGGACUCUAUGGCCUGAUUACACAGCCCUGGUAUUCAGAUAGUGCUGGCGGGAAGGGAUAAUGCAUAUCCUUCCCUGCCCUGAACAAGAAGCCACCAUGAGCAACGUCACGGUCACCGACAACACUGAGCCCAUCGGCCGCACCAUGAGUCCGGCAAGCCCCAGCCAGUAUCCCUAUCCUGUUAGUUUCCAGGUCUCACUGACUGGCUUCCUCAUGCUGGAAAUCCUCCUGGGCAUGAGCUCCAACCUCACUGUGCUUGCCCUUUACUGUAUGAAGUCGAACCUCAUUAGCUCCGUCAGUAACAUCGUCACUAUGAACCUCCAUGUGUUGGAUGUGCUAAUUUGUGUGUGCUGCAUCCCCCUCACCAUUGUGGUGGUGUUGCUCUCCCUGGAGGGAGACACUGCACUCGUCUGCUGCUUCCAUGAAGCCUGCGUCUCCUUUGCUAGUGUCGCCACUGCUGCUAAUGUGCUAGCCAUCACCCUUGAUCGCUACGACAUCUCUGUCAAACCAGCCAACCGGGUGCUGACAAUGGGCCGUGCCCUGACCCUGCUGACUGCCAUUUGGGUGCUAUCCUUUGUUAGUUUCCUCGUACCCUUUAUUGAGGUGGGCUUCUUUGCCCAGGGCCAGGCUGAUCUGAACCAGACAGUGGUGGAUAAUGUGGUCCACACUAACCAGUACUACACAGAACUUGGCCUCUAUUACCACCUGCUUGCUCAGAUCCCCAUUUUCUUCUUUACUGCUGUUGUCAUGCUCAUCACCUACUCAAAGAUCCUGCAGGCGCUCAACAUUCGCAUUGGCACACGUUUCCAUGCUUCACAGAAGAAGAAGGCUCGCAGGAAAAAAAGUCCAUCCAUGACAGCCAUGACAACGCAGCAUGAGGCCACGGAUGCAUCCCAGAGCAGUGGCAGCCGCAACCCCGUACUGGGUAUGCGUACCUCUGUCUCCGUCAUCAUCGCCUUGCGCAGGGCUGUUAAGCGCCACAGAGAAAGGCGAGAGCGCCAAAAGAGGGUUUUCAGAAUGUCCCUCCUGAUUGUGUCUACUUUCAUGCUGUGCUGGACGCCCAUCACGGUGCUCAACACAGUCAUCCUGAGUGUGGGCCCCAGUGACCUAAUGGUCAAGUUGAGACUGGGCUUCCUGGUCAUGGCUUACGGGACCACUAUCUUUCACCCUCUACUCUAUGCCUUCACUAGGCAGAAGUUCCAGAAAGUCUUGAAAAGCAAGAUGAAGAAGCGAGUGGUGUCGAUCAUUGAGGCGGAUCCUACCCCUAACAAUGCCAUCAUCCACAACUCCUGGAUCGACCCAAAAAGGAACAAAAAGGUGACAUUUGAGGACAAAGACGCCCAACAGAAAUGUCUGUCUUCUGAGGUCGUGGGGUGAAUGAACUCAUUGUCUUUACGUUAUACAGUCAAUAUAAGCAGCUAAAACUGACAUCAGGUCAUGAUGAAAAAGGGAAAAUGUUAAUCCAAAGCAGUAAUGUAAAUAAUAUGUGCAAUAGAAUGUACAAAAACAAGAUGUGGAUAAUUUAUUACUAUUUAUUGAGAACAAAUGUAGGUUUCAUAGAUACACUAUAUACUGUACUGUAGAUAUUGCAUGGCUUUUUGUAAUGGUAGCAACAUACAGAGCAUUGUGUACAUACAUAAUACAUGUACAGCAUAGGGUAAACAAGGUAUUAAAAUAGAGAGAGAGAAGUAGGAAUUACUAUGUCAUAUGUAUAUUUAUAAUAAAUUUUGUGUUCACUCACCCAACGCAGCAAAAAGCUUCCUAUUCUACCCUCCCCCCUAAAUUAAGUGUUUGUGAUUCCUGUAACAACUGUGAGAUUACAACCAUUCAUCAACAUGCCACUUGCUCCGAGACCAGACCUGCAAUCCCCAGUGACCGCUGACCUUAUUGCCUGUGAACCCUCUAGAGGGAAGGCAAACAGGUCAAACAUGGAAAGAGACAGGCAUGGAAAUGAAAGCAGCAUAAGUAACGUAUGUUCAUGUUGCUAUAGCCGGAAAGCUGUGGGGUACUGUUCACAAUCACUGCUUUUAGAGUUAAAGAAGAACACUUGCAUUCCACAGACACAACAGAAGACCAUAGCUCUCAUUGCCUCUUUGACAAAAAACAGAUAUAAUCAAAGCAUAGUCUGUUUUACUUUAACAGUCGCGUCUUUGAGCCAAAUGGAAAAUAUACAGAUGCCUUAUUUUGGUUUGAUGAAUUGAGCAUGACUUUACGGUGGGACAGGGAGAGCACGUAUUGAACACGGUGAACAAAAUAAUGACAAAUAUUGUUUUAAACCUGAGUGAAUCCUCAGAGGUUAUUUUUCAUAAAAACAGUUAUUUAAUCAAACUAAUGGAAAGUGUUGAAAAUGGUUGUAUUAUCCAAUUGUCUGUUUUUAAUAACAAUAGCCAAACAAUAAUGCUCUCCAAAUAAGCAAAUCCAUAACUGCAAUAAAGAAC